GACGUAACACACAACAUUGGCUCUUCCACAAACCGAUUAGACUCACGGCUUCGUCGAAACUCUGGUGAAGUUUACAUCUUACAAUUCAAUACAUGACCAAAUAAAUAUAGCCGAGGGUCUGUUGUAUACAAAUAACGCGCGAGGACAUUCAUGCAAUUUUAAUGCGAUUAAGUCUCAUGUUCCGCCAGGACACGAAGCCAUGAAGACAGGUGAUUGUUUCCAUUUAUUGCUCAUCAAUGCCAUGACAGCCAACCACAGACCUUAGAGGUGACAUUCAGUGUCACAGAUGUGAACUGGCGACCUAAGAGGAAACCUUCUGUAAAAAGUGAUUAACAUGUUGUAUGAGGAGGAGACUUCUCAGACUUCCUCUUCUUCCCCGCCCUCCUCCUGCUCGUCUUCCUCACCUCCCCCUACCUCCCACUUCAUUGGGAAGAAAGAGGACAUCGUCAAGGCUGGGCGCGUGACGAAGUUGGUGAAUGGAUGCAGAGAUGUACUGGUCCUUUACCACCAAGGGCAGCUUCAUGCAAUGGACAUGCGCUGCUACCAUUCAGGUGGUGCACUAGAGCAUGGAGACAUUGAGGAGUUUAAUGGGCUGCUGUGUAUCGUGUGUCCGUGGCACAAGUACAAGAUCACUCUGGCAGAGGGGGAAGGGCUUUACCAAGCUGUGGACGAUCCUACAGUCAAACCCCUGAGAGCACACUGGCGCUCCAAGGGUGUCAAACAGAGGAUUCACAAGGUCACUGAGGUCAACGGGGAUGUAUAUGUGACACUGAACGACUCCAGCAAGGCCAUCGAGUCAGAUGUCUACCAAACUGAGAGAUAUAGAACUGACUUUCUCAAGGCCAAGAAAUAGCCUCCAUUAAGACAGUGGACACGCAAGGAUUUCUUUGCUUGAGUUGCUUGAUUAUUCAACCAAAAAUACUUUCACACAAUUGGGGGUGUUUUGUUAUCUUUCACUGGGAAGCAUAUCAAAACCUGUCAGAGUGUGUUUGUCAUAAUAAUAAUUGUAAUUUUAGUUAAUCUAGGACAAAGAAUGAAUGAAUGAUUGGCAUGAAAGAUGAAUAUAGGACAUUUAAACAGCA